CACAAAUCACAAAAUAUAUUUCUCACUAUUCUCACUUUUGCAUCAAUCUCAUCUCAUCGCACAAACGAAAAUAAAUAAUCCAACCUAAUGGCUACUUUACUUCCACCACCAUCUAAAAGACAAAGGCGUGAGGCCCAAGAGACCCAAGAGGUCGACCUCAUACCUCUUGAUCUCCCUAAUAUUCUCAUCAAAUUUGAAGCUGCAGAUACUGGAGACUCCAUUGGUGGAUCCAUAAGAGUUCCUGGAGGCAUCACCGAAAAACAGUUGGAACAACUUUUGAACCAGCUUCACAAUUCCUCAGAAGACCCCGUGCCAUACACGUUCGCAUUGGCCAACAAGAAGGCGGAUGACUCCGUUGAAAUGGUGGAUAUCAAAGAUAACGUGUAUUCGUCUAUUUUGAAGCCCAAAAUCAAGACUACCGAAGACUUCAUGACAUUAGUGUAUACGCCACGAGCCGUAUUCAAAGUGCGUCCAGUGACUCGUUCAAGUAAUGCCAUUGCUGGCCACGGAUCCACCAUUCUUUGUUGCCAGUUUUCACCCAACGACUCGGGAAGAAUGUGUAGUGGAGCUGGUGAUCUGACGGCACGAAUCUGGGACUGCAAAACCCAUACGCCAGUAGCCACAUUAGCAGGCCACACAAACUGGGUGCUAUGUGUAUCGUACUCUCCUUGUGGUACCAUGAUAGCCACCGGAUCCAUGGAUAACACAGUACGGUUGUGGGAAGCAGACAGUGGAAAGCCACUAGGAAAGCCACUUGUGGGCCACGGAAAGUGGAUCACUAGUCUUACGUGGGAACCGUUACAUCUUGUAGCAGCCAAUGCGGUGCCUCGGGUGGCAUCCGGGUCCAAAGAUGGUACUGUGAGAGUGUGGGACACCAGUGCCAGAGUGUGUGAAAUGACUAUGAGCGGACACACCAAUUCGGUGCUGUGUGUGCGGUGGAGUGGUUCCAAUAUUAUCUACAGUGGAUCACACGACAAGACAAUUCGGGCGUGGGAUGUCACGGCUGGUGGCCGGUGUAUUCAGACGUUACGAAGUCAUGCUCAUUGGGUUAACCAUUUAUCGCUUCUGACCGAUUAUGUGCUCCGUCAAGGAGGAUUCGACCACACUUCUUCUCGCAGCAGCAUUAAGAAUACCACCCCUGCCGAAUUGCGAGCCAAGGCUUUACAGGCGUAUGAGAAGGCUGCAAAGCUUGGUGGUGGUGUUAGCGAGAGAAUCGUCACUGCUAGCGAUGAUUUCACCAUGUAUUUAUGGGAGCCUUUGAAACAAUCAAAGCCCAUCUGCAGAAUGACCGGUCACCAAAAGUUGGUCAACCAUGUGUCAUUUUCGCCCGACGGCCGCUACAUCGUUUCCUCUUCCUUUGAUAAUUCCAUCAAGAUUUGGGACGGGCUUAAGGGAACGUUUAUUGGCACGCUUCGUGGGCAUGUUGCACCUGUUUACCAAACAGCUUGGUCUUCCGAUAGUCGACUUUUAGUGAGUUGUUCUAAGGAUACUACGUUGAAGGUUUGGGACGUGAGAACCAGAAAGCUCAGUGUAGACUUACCGGGUCACGCGGAUGAGGUGUUUGCGGUAGACUGGAGUAUCGACGGACAUCGUGUUGCUAGUGGUGGGAAAGAUAAGCUGGUGAGAAUAUGGUCUCAUUAAAGCCAAGAUGUCCAGGAGGACAGUUUUCGAUAUAUGUACCGUGCACUCAUGAAUAUACAUUUACCUUUA